AUGGCUGGCCUUGGCAACCUCGCACUCCGUGUCGCUGGUGACCCCCGCCUGUCGGGCACCCUGGCACGCGUCUUGCCGGCGGACACCCCGGACAGCUCCAUCACCUAUCGAGUUCUGGAGGUUUACCCCAGAAGGUGCCUUGUGCUCAUCACGUGCCAUGUGCCCCAGGCACCCCCACCUGUCACCUACACCCUCUGGGGGAGCGGGGACAUCCUGGUGACCAAGAAGGUGGUGACGACUCCCGUACCGGCCUCCUUCACCGUCAACGUCACUCUCAAGUCCAGUCCGGACCUGCUCACGUAUUCCUGCCAGGCGGCCUCCAGCCUGGGCGCCCACGCACGCAGCGCCAGGCUCCAGCUGUACUGGGAGCUGUGGGCCAAGCCCGUGUCCCAGCCACAGGCUGUCUUCGUCCUGCAGGACAGAGGCUCGGGCCCUGAGGUGGGGGUGUCCUGCUGGGCGUCCUCGGGCAGCCCCCCUAUCUCCUACAGUUUGGUGGGAAAGGACAGACACAUCCACAGCCAGCAGACACCGCCCCCCGGGCAGCCGGCCAACUUCUCCAUCCCACUGGCCCAGGCGUCAGCUUGGCUCCAGUGCCGAGCCGAGAACGCUGUGGGCACCCAGAGCAGCGCCUUCACGUUACUGCCGCCAGGGGAGCUGCCCGAGGGCCCCGCCUUGGUGCUGGCUGGCAGCCUUGCCUCCAUCACAGCUGUCACUUCCGGGAUGCUGGGCUGGACCAUGUGGACCAGGUUGUGACGGAGACAUGCCUUGGCAGAGUCCUGGGGCACCCCAUCCCUGUCCCCCCAACCACCCUACAGAAGGAGGUGAAGCCAAGCUGGGAGGGGGCGACAGGAAGUAGUCAACAAAUCAAAGGAGCAGGUGGAAACCACCCUGCCUGCUGCUUUUAGCUGUUCUGGACGCCAACACGUGUGGCUGC